AUUUGUUCCAUUUUAUUGCAGCUUCCAAGGUCCAGGAAAUACAAGAAAAGAUGAAGAAGCUGAUUCAUACAGUAAAGGGCAAACACAGGAAAGAAAUACCAGUACCGGACACCAGGGAUGCCUCAGCUGCACCUGUAACAGACUCACCUGGAUUACUACAAAAGGGCAAAGACCAUUUGCGACAAAUUGCUGAGAAAGGAGCUUCUGCAAAGAAGAAAAUAACCGAUAUGAUGAGUGAUAUCAGUAACAGCAAGGAUUCUGCAAAGAAGAAAAUAACAGAUCUGGUGAACAGCAAAGGAGAUGCUGCAAAGAAGAAAGUAUCAGAUAUGAUAGAUGAUCUCAAGAACACCAAAGAUUCUGCAAAGAAGAAAUUAACAGAUAUUCUGAGUGAUCUCAAGAACAGCAAGGAUUCCAAGGUCCAGGAAAUAAAAGAUACGAUGGAGGAGCUGCUUGAUGCCAUGAAAGAGAAAUACAGGAAAGGAAGUUUUCAACUGAAUACAGACCAACCAGUAGAAGAUAUGCUGAAAGAAGCAUUUGAAAAUCUGGAAAAACUAAGAAAAAUAAGCACAACAAUCAUCUGCGUACUUAGCCUGAUUUGUGUUGGAAUUCUCGUGUGUGUUGCUGUAUACAGAACUCGUCACCGAAGAACGUAUGUGUUAUUUCAAUACAUUUCUUUUUAUUGUCAACUUCUGUCCAGAAAUGUAACUUUAUUUUCCUAAUUUUGUGAUACAGUGAAAAGGAUAAAGUAAGCCAAAUGGAGCAAGGCACUUCAUAAGUUCAACUGGCCCUACUUCGGUGAAUCUAGAAUACAGACCAGGAGAGAGUUAUUUCAAGGAAUGGAGUUGCCUGAUAUCUUCAAGACAAAUCUUCCAAGGCAUAUUUAGAAACACACAAGCUAUAGAGCAAUAAAUAUAAGCAACAUAAAAAUAUAUGUAGGUGCAUGUAAAUUUGUCAUACA